GAUACCGCCCAGUCGGGCUACAUGCCCAACCAUAAUAUUGACCCGACAGCAUUGAGCUCUUACGGGCAUGCUUGGACAUACACAUCUAAUGCUGGUGAAGGUUUCAGCGCCAAGCCUCUCACCUACACGCCAACUGGAUACUCCCAUGAGCUGGUUAUUAUCGCAUCACAAAAAAACAUUGUUCGAGUCAUAGAUGGCAUUUCUGGCCAACUACUCUUCUCACGAACUCUGGACCCUCCUUUCCAGGCUUCCGACUCCAGUUGUGGUGAUAUCUCGCCAACGAUUGGCAUCACAGGAACACCCAUUAUCGAUCCGAGUACCGACAUCAUGUAUUUCUUCUCUAAAGGAUACAAGAACGCCGCAACUGGCCCUGUCAAUACCCUUGCUGGCCAAUACAAAUUCUACGCCGUCCAACUACCUGCGUUGACUGACAUUCCUGGUUACCCCAUCAUCAUCGAUGGCCACUAUGCUAACAACGACCACACUCGCUACUUUGUUGGUGGAACUCUGUUGCAGCGACCUGGUCUGGCAAUGAUUGGCAAUAGUAUUAUUGCUGGUUUUGGUGGCCACUGCGAUAAUUUCAACUACACAGGAAUGCUCGUGUCAGUUAAUAGGUUGACUGCCACUAUCAGUAACAUUCAGGCAAUGGUAGCCUCGCCCGCGGAACAAGACAACUACUUGAAGCAAACAGGCGGAAAAGCAGGCAUCUGGCAAGGGGGGAUGGGUCUCGCCGUGAAUGGAAAUAACGUUUACUUCGUUACUGGAAAUGGCGUUGGCGCCGGUAUCAAUAAAGGCACGACUCCUUUCAGCGGCAAAUUGUACUCCAGCACACUCGAACAAGUCGUAGCAAGAUUCUCUGUAGAUCCCAGCUCUGGCUCCCUUACACAAGCAGAUUGGUUCGAGCCUUACAAUUUUGAUACCCAACUAGACGGAGGUGACCGAGACAUGGCUUCGGCAGGUGUCGCCCUUUUGGACCGCAAUACGUUCAAUGCACCCUCUGCAGGCGUCAACGGAAUUGCUGUUGCCUCUGGUAAAGAUGGCAUUGUCUAUGUCAUGAACGCCGACAAUCUUGGUGGCUUCUACAAUGGCGUUGGUACACCUCCUGAUGCUACUCUGCAGCAAAUUGCCGUAUCUUCGGGCUCUUUUUACGGAGGCGUUGGAAGUUCUCCGAUUGAUGGCGGCUACCUCUACUUUUGUCCCACUGGAGGUCCUCUCUAUGCUUAUAGUUAUGGAUUGGAUGGAAGUGGCAAUCCACACUUCACUCUGGCUGGACAAAUCCAAGCAACGGGAACCACUUUCGCUUGUAAUGGAAACCCAACGGUCACUAGCUUAAACGGUCAACCAGGUUCUGGAGUUGUUUGGCUGUCUGACGUAAACGCAGGCUUGGUUGCCUUUCACGCUGUCCCUGUGAACGGAGUUCUUGUUCAAAUUCCUCUCGGUUGGUCGACUGGACGACUUAACAAGAUGCAGCGACCGUCUUUUGGAAACCGCAGGGUCUAUACAACGGAA